AUGCCACGAAGAAGACCAGAUAACAGCAGUGAUGAAAAUAGCAGCUCUUCCUCUUCUGAAGAUGAUUCAUCAGAUUCCUCUAAGAGGCCAGAUCACAAGAGAGCACGUAAAGACCACAAACUCAAGUCUUCUCCUUCAAGAGUUGUGAGUUACAGCAGAGAUGGCAGACCCCAAAGAGAUGACAGGCCCCACAGAGAUGACAGCGAUGGGAGAAAACAGACUUCAACCAGCAAGUACAAGUCUUCUGAUAGCUACCGCCGGCGUUCACCAGCCCAGGAAAGUCGCAGGGCUGACAAUAGGAGUGACUCUAGGAGAAGAGAGAAGGACAGGCAGGACUAUAGCGAUAGAAGGAACAGAGACACAGAUCAUAGAAAAGCUGGAGAUGACAGAGAUAGGACAGAACAUAGACAGAGAUCCAGAGAUCGGGAGACUGAGAAAAACAAGAGGGCCGGGGAUGCAAAAAGCUCAUCAUACUCCAAAGAUAAAGGCAGCAGUAGUAAAGGAUCAAGGGAGAAGGAGACUUAUGUCAGUAAAAAAACAGAUAUUGGAAGGAAAGAUCAACCUGUGAAUGUUGGCAAUAGGAAAGAAAGAAAUGAAGAUGAAAAGACUAAAAAAUCAAGCACUAAGGAUUCAAAUGAAGAUGAAAAGACUAAAAAAUCAAGCACUAAGGAUUCAAAUGAAAAAGAAAACUCAAAAAUUCAACAGUCUACAGACAUACCAACAGAUGACAGAUCUCACAAAAGUGAAAUAGCAGUAGAAUCAGAAACAAAGAUAAAGCAAGUAGAAAAAGAUUCAGUGAGAGAGAAGAAAAGAAAAGAGAGCUCUUCAUCCUCAUCCUCUUCUGACAGUGAGGAGCAUCAGAGAUCUUCCUCCGACUCUGAUAGUGAUUCAGACGACAGCAACAGAAAUUAUAAACGACUGAAAGCUGCCAAGGAGUCUGUGAAUGUCCAGAUUCAGCAGGAAGAUGUGGACAAACCUGUUGAACGUCCUCAGCAGUCUGAAGAGAGGGUAGUUACUAUUGUAGAAGAGACUGACAACACUCAGAAAGACACUGUUGAAAGAAGAAGGAGCCCCGACAACAGGGAUGCUGGUUCUGAUACUUCUGACGGUGAAACCAAAGAGCCAGAAGAGGAAGACAGCCAUGAAGCUGAAGAUAUUAAGAAGGAACUGUUAAGCGAGCAUCAAGAAAUAGAAGAUGAAAAUAAAGACACAGCAGAGAAAGAGCAGAACGACACCCAGGAGAAGGACAUCAUUAAUGAAAGCAGAGAUGAUGAUAGCAAUGAAGAGAAAGAGGAAGGAGAAAUCUCUGAAGAUAAUGAGAAUGAGGACAAGCCACCUGCUAUGCCACUUAAAGCUAUCAGCGAAUAUGUCUCUGACAUAAGCAGCGAAGAAGGACAGUCAGAAGCUGCUGAAUUUAAAAAAGACAAACUCUCAAAGAAAUCUUCUACUUUUCAAGAUGCAACUCCGACUUCACAAAAUUCGCCCCAGAAGACUAAAGAAAGUGUAGAAACAUCUUCUCAAAAGCCUGCUAGAGCUGGCAGAUCAGAGAAGAGAACAGUUGAUGUGUUAACCAGAGGGGCAGCUGAUGUGGAUACAGCUGUGCCGACUGCGGACAGUUUUGAUGCUGAUCAAGUUGUUGAGGGAGAAGAUAACAGCAAGAGACAGAGACCAGUUCUAGAGAGUGAAAGCGAUGAUGAUGAUGAGGAUCAUUCUGACAAAGAGGGAGGUGUCCGAAGUCAGAUCCAGAGUAAACAGAGGGUGGGCAGUUCUGUUUCUGUGGUCAAGCAGGCGUCGGGGAGGAAGCGUAAUAGAUCUGUAGACAGGUACGAAUCAGACAAUGGCAGACAACAGGAGGAGACUAGACGGAAAGACGACAGCUGGAAAAGAGAAAAGGAUAAUGAUAGAGGGAGGGGACGGACAGACAACAGAAUAAGAGAAGAUGAUAGGAGUAAAGGCAGAGAUGAUAGCCGCAGACGAGAGAAAGACGACAGAAGAAGGGAAGACACCAGAGGGAAAGACAAAGAAAGUGAAUACAGCAGAAAUAAAGGGGACAGUCGAGGAAAACCACGUGAUGAUAAUCAGGAGAAAGAAAGUAAAGAUGACAGAAGGAAGGAUAGAAGCUCCAAAACCUCUGAUGCUACACGUGAUAAGCAACAAGAAAAGAAUGGUCGUGAAGAAAAGGAAUCAAGCACGAAAUCUACAAAAGCUGACAGCAACAAUCCUGCCGCGACCACAGAGGAGCCCGCUAAAAAAUCAAUGGAAGCCUUUGAUAUCACAACCAAAACUGGAGGUGCUUACAUUCCCCCUGCAAAAUUGCGAAUGAUGCAAGAGUUAAUAACGGACAAGACGAGUGCUGCUUACCAGAGAAUGUCAUGGGAAGCUUUAAAAAAGAGCAUCAACGGUCUCAUCAACAAAGUCAACACUUCAAAUAUUAUCAACAUCAUUAAAGAACUCUUUCAGGAGAACAUUGUUCGAGGACGCGGUCUGCUGGCCCGGUCUGUCAUCCAGGCACAAGCAGCAUCUCCAACAUUUACUCACGUCUAUGCUGCACUAGUGGCUAUCAUCAAUACCAAGUUUCCACAAAAUGGAGAAUUGAUCCUCCGACGUCUGAUCCUGAUGUUCCGCCGAGGCUAUAAAAGAAAUGACAAAGCGCUGUGCCUAUCCUCAACAGCGUUCAUCGCACAUUUAGUCAACCAACAAGUGGCGCACGAGGUUCUGGCUUUGGAGAUUUUGACGCUGCUUCUAGAAAACCCAACUGAUGAUUCUGUGGAAGUUGCUAUAGGCUUUCUCAAGGAAUGUGGCCAGAAACUGACAGAGGUUUCACCAAGGGGAAUUAACUCCAUAUUUGAACGACUGCGGAACAUCCUUCACGAAGGUCAGCUAGAUGUCAGGGUUCAGUACAUGGUGGAGGUCAUGUUUGCCAUUCGUAAAGAUGGAUUUAAGGAUCAUCCAGCGGUUCCGACAGAUCUAGACCUGGUGGAGGAGGAGGAGCAGUUUACCCAUCUGUUACAGUUAGAGGAUGCCGUCGCUGCAGAUGAGUUGCUAAAUAUAUUCAAGGAAGACCCACAUUUUGCUGAAAAUGAAGAAAAGUACAAGGCUCUGAAAAAAGAAAUACUUGAUGAAGCCAGUUCGGAUGAAUCAGGUGACUCAUCAGGGUCCGAAUCCUCAGAGAGCGACACCGAAGAUGAGGAGAAAAAACAGACCAUCAUUGACAAAACAGAGACCAACCUGGUGGCACUUCGGAGAACCAUCUACCUGACGGUGCAGUCUAGUUUGGACCACAAUGAGUGUGCCCACAAAAUGUUGAAGAUGGAGCUGAAGCCGGGACAAGAGGUGGAGUUGUGCAACAUGAUACUUGACUGCUGUGCUCAGUUGAGAACCUAUGAGAAGUUCUUUGGUCUGCUUGCUCAGCGAUUCUGUCAAAUAGACAAAAAGUACAUCGAGCCAUUUCAGCGAAUAUUUAUGGAGCAGUACGAAACAAUUCACCGUUUGGAGACAAACAAAGUUCGCAACGUGGCCAAAUUCUUUGCUCACUUACUUCACACUGAUGCCAUUUCCUGGGGGGUCCUGAGUGUUGUCAAGCUGACAGAAGAUGACACUACGUCAGCCAGUCGUAUCUUCCUGAAGAUUCUCUUCCAGGAGUUAUCUGAAUAUAUGGGACUUCUGAAGUUGAAUGAGAGGCUAAAGGAUAUAACCUUGUCACCCUAUUUUACUGGCUUCAUGGCGAAAGAUAAUCCUAAAAACACCAGAUUCUGCAUUAACUUCUUCACCACCAUUGGCCUUGGAGGUUUAACGGAUGACCUUCGAGAGCACCUGAAAACUGCCACCAAACACGUAGUUCAAGCAGCAGAACAGGCAGCUGAGGCUGGCCAGGCCAGCAGUUCAUCCUCCGACUCCAGUUCUGAGGAAUCAGAUUCAGACAGUUCAUCAGAGUCUGAAUCCGAUGCACCAUCUAAGAAGAAACGCAAACAGUCUGUGGGCAAGUCUGAGAAAAAAGUUGGAGACAAAGAUUCCAAGUCCAAGAAAAAUGCAGCGGAUAAAGAAAACAAACGUGCCAGCAGACACAAGCGAAAAUCUUCAGAGCCAGAAUAUAAUCCCAAGAACAGGAGUAAAUCUUUGGGUGGGGGGAGUAAACAAAUGGGUGACAAAAAUACAUCCACCGGAAAGAAUAAAAGAAAUAUAGCAGAUAGACUUCUGGAUAUGGCAGAGUAUGGCAACCUCCAAAAUGGAGAGGACAGAACUAAGGCAAAACAUGAUGGAGGGGACAGGAUCAACAAAGACAGGGAAGUAAGGAUUUCAGGAAAUGACCGAGAUGAGGACAGAGGUCGACGGAAAGAGCGAGGGGAGCAAGGACGUGAUGGCAGAAGCCAGAGUAACGGUGAAAGAUUGCUUCAGGGAGGUCAGAGAUGGAACAGCAGCAGUGACAGGGGAGUUGGAAGACGAGAUGGUAGUGUGGGUUACGGCAAGAGAGUCGAGGAGAAGGGACAGAGAGUUUAUGACAAUAAUGAUAACAGGAGGAAAGAUAGACAGCAUGAGAUGUUGAGCAAUAGAACUGGCGAUGGUUCUCAACGCCAUGGUGAUUAUUCCUCGGAGAGGAGGUUUAUUAGUCGGUCCGGAAGUGCCAGGAGGGGGCAGAAUGAGCACGAUCGAGAGAACGCCAAGGAUCAAGUCAGCAGUGAAAGGCGAAGGGUUUUCCAGAAAGGAGAGAAGGGGAAAGAGAAAAGACAUGAUAGCAGCAGCAGUGAAGAGAGCGACUCCAGCCCUGAACGGGCAAAGAAGAGGACUGUCAGAGGUAGAAGUGUUUCGUCUUCCCCCGACAAAAAGGGCAGCAAGAAGUCGCUGGACAAAACUGCUGUCCACAAACCAUCAAGCAGGAAGAGACAGCAUGAUACUUCUGACUCCGACAGUGAUUCCAGCGAUGACAGUCACAGCAAGUCUUCAAAAUCAAAGAAGGGGGCUGUCAGACGAGAGAAACGCUGA